AAAGUGUUUCGCGAUUUCCACAACAAAACAUCGUUUUCCUAAAUGAAAGUUAAAAUAUUUUGUCAUUUUCCUUAAAAAGUAGUGAAUUAAACGAAAAUAAGUGGUUUAAAUUGUGCACAAAGUGAAAACCCAUCGCGCGGAACAUGGAUAAAUCGUUCGGAUCGCUGUUCGGUCCAUCGCGGAACAAUUCCAUCUCGCGGUCACGUCAAUCGCUUGGUGGCUCGCUCUUUUCGACCGGUGGCGGUGUUGCCGGAAGGAAAGGAUCCAUUUUGCCUAGUGGUCCGAUCGGUCGCAAGGGAUCCGGACGAUACAGCCUCUCGACCCGGUCCAACAUCUCCACCCUCCAGGUGGUGGCCAAAUCAGAGUACAACAUUCUGGAAUGCUAUGGGCUUCCGCUACCGGUGCAAGUCAGUGAGAUCCUAACGUUUGCCGAGCGGAAUGCCCCGGUUUCGAUAAACUACAGCGCGAACGGGUGGGCUUGGUUGGUUCAUGGGCGGCGGUUGCUCAUAUGGCAGUACCGCGAGAGUCAUUCGAAGGCGAUGGCUGCUGCGGCCACGGCCAUGGGUGGUGGCGAUAGUUUCCCGACGCCGCGCCGGGCACUGGCCAGUCAGUGCCGGCAGCUGACGUUGCCUCACUGCGACAUCGGCCACAAAGCGGCGCUGAUAGCGGUCUUCAUUGCCGAAGGGCACCAGAUGGCAUCGUGUCUGGCGGUUUCGCCGGCUGGGGAUGUUCGCUACUGGCCAUCGAUUGCCCACGACGGAUCGUCCAUAGACGAGUGCAACAUACUGGAGGGGCAAGAGUUUGAGGAAUUGGUCGGGCUGAGCAGUGGCAACUAUCUGCUGGUGACGACCACGUGCAGUCUGGUGCAGUUGCAGGUCCAACUGCAGGGCGGAAGGCAAACGAUCGUGGCGCGACAGGUGAAACCGCCGUCGGGAUUUUUCGGCGGAAUUGGAAAGAAAUUCGCUUCGAUUAUCAUCGGGAUGCACAGCAUUCCGGAACGGGAGAACAAACUAAUCCGGAUCAACAGCGAGAAAGUGUCCAGCCACGAGUGGCACAUCACGGUACUCGCAGAUAAGUGGAUCCAACGGUGGUCGUUUAGUCCGACCGGUUCCAACGAGCGCUUCCUGUGCGAGGAUGCGGAAAUAGUUCGCAAAAUCCGGGAAUUCUUCCUGCACAAGGUUUGGAGCAGUAGCCGCGAUCCGAACGAGAUCGAACUCUGGACGUUGGACAUGCAACCAACGGAUAGAGGAGUUCUGGUGCUAGCUGCGGCUUGCAAUAUGCAACGGACGGGACCACAGGUCCAUUACGGAUUGUUGACGUUCGUUUACGAAGGAGAUGCAGGAAUGGUUCUGAAGGAAAGCGUUUUGAUGAAAUAUAAAGGGUUCUUCAGUAGGGAAAGGGAAGAAGAAUGCACUUCGUUCAAGCUGAUUGCAAAUAGAACGGUAGCUUAUGUGUACAACGAUAAGGUUAUCUAUCCGGUGAUUCUGGAUCGAAAUUCCGGUAGCACCGGAAAUAGUGAGAGUAGUAGCCCGAGCGAGGACGUUGAAAAAAUCGAGUUCAACGUACAGGAUGAUGGAAUUCUCGCAGGAAAUUCAUUCCAGAACACGGCACUUUUCUUUUCCAAGAUCCAUGGGCUAGUUGUGGUCACUCCGUCGGAUUUCGAGCCCAGUAGCGAGGUAUUCAAUUCGUCCGUUUCUUCGGAUGUCUUCAACCCUAACAUUUCCGUCAAUGAUUCGGUCUUUAUUUCACAAUCGAUCUUUGCGCCGGCCACUACCAACGCCGGUAAUCUGGUCCUGUACGAUCUGGAUCCCGAGGAAAUCAGCACUGCAGAAAAGGACAAUGUCAGCCAGUUGAAGGCGGCCUUCAUCUACUACAUCAAACGGAACACCUCGGCGUCCAACGAAAUCAUCAACGAACUCCUUCAAACUCUCGAACAGAAGUCCCUGGAUAGUGAACUGGACCAAACCGUCCUCACCAUAGCGCAAGACCUGGCGGAAGACAUCCCAGCAGCCGAUCCUCGCUGGGAAGUCACGACCAAGCACGCCCUCGGAUCUUCCACCUCCAUGCAGAUCGUUCAGCAACUCCGCGAAAAGAACCUUGCCCUCACCCAGUUCCUCGAAUUUCUCCACGGAUCGUCCCUUUGGGACAAACUCUCCGCCAGCACUUCCGGGGACACCAUCCGACCCACAGCCCACCUCCUAUCCGACAUUGCCGAAAAGAUCGUCGCCGCGAUCGCGCUCAAAUGUCUCCACAACAGCCAUGCACGGAUCAUCGACGAAGCCAUCGAUCUGGUCCUCAAGGAAGGCAACCGCUCGCCGCCGUCCCCCAACCUGACCAACCAGGACCUGUUCUACGUCCAGAUCAACCGUAUCCACGAGAUCUUCAAGGUCUUCGCCGAGCUGAUCGAGAACUACGUCAAACAGGAGUUGACCACCACCCAGGUUCAAACGGCCCUCGUCGAGAUCAACACCAUCACGGUGACGGUGCUCCAAGAGGUCACCAAGUUCCGGGAACUAAAAUCGGACCUGUUCGCCGUCCGGGACGAACUCAAACGAUACGAAUACCUUCCGUGGACGGCGUCGUCCGGACGGUACGGACUGAAGGACGUCCUGCUGCACAUGAUCAACAACACGCUGAACUACGGCAUCAAGGGAAGCGGCGAGCCGGAGUUCAAGAUCAAACACUACCAGCACAUGACGGACCUGGUGGACUUUGUGCUGGACGGGCGGAAGCGCUUUUUGGACAGCGUUCAGGACGAGGACAAGCGAACGGUGCUGCUGCAGCAGUACGAGUCCAAGAGGAGCGAUCUGAUCUUUCCGCUGGUGGACGCCGAGCAGUACGAACUGGCCGCCAAACUAGCGGAAAAAUACCUGGACUUCCAGAUUCUGGUCGUCAUCUGCGACAAAACCAACAAUCAGACCCGCCUGGACGAGUACAUCGAACGCUACAAGGAGUACGACUUUUCCCAGUUCGCCAUCAGUUGGCACAUGCGCCAGAACAAACAGGGCGACAUCUUCCACCGCUUCAAGGGCAACCAGGCCGAGCUGGCUCGGUUCCUGUCGGAUCAUCCCUCGCUGGCGUGGAUCCAGCUGGUGUUCAACGGAGAGUUGGCACAGGCUGCCGAAGUCCUGCUGGCGUUGGCACAAAACGAGAAGGAAGUGCUCAACAGGAAACGAGUUAUGCUUUCGUUGUCCAAACUUUGCGCCCUGGCAGCCGAGGGUGAUUUCAGCGCCCAGAUAACGGAAAUCAACUCGGAAGUGAAGCUGUUGGAUUUACAGGAGCAAAUCCCGAUGGAAAUUUUGAACAUCUAUGGAUACGACACCAAGAAUGCCAAGGUUCUCUCGCCGGAGGAGAUUGUUGAUCUUUACAUCGCCGACGAGUACAGCAAAUCGUCGGAAACGGAAUUCCGCAAGGCGCUGGAACUGCUCGACUUUGUGGAGGAUCCCAUCGAGGUGCGGCACAAAAUUUGGUGCGCCGCUAUCCUGCGGGACAACUGGGAGGACUACAAUCGGAGUGCCCCGUUGGACACGAUGCAGGGUAUGAUGUUCUUCCGGUUGAUUGAUCUGUGCUACAUUUUGGACGGUGAGUUGGAAAACUUCCUCCCACCGGUGGAGAGUUUCCUGAGUGCGCCGGAGUUGGGCGACCUGGUGGAAAGCAAGUCGUUCCAGUAUCUGAUAAAGCUUGGGUACGAGCACAUUUACGAUUCGUACAAGAAGAAGUAAUGAUGGUCGGUGAGAAUUUCGGGGGGACGCCUGGUCCAGUGUUUUAGCGGUAAGUGUGAAUGCGUCUCUUUUUUGUGUUCCAGAAUAAAUGUCAUGAUAAAUGAAUAA